UAUACUCCCACUGCCACUCUCCUCUAUUACUCCCUCUCAUCGGCCUCUUCUUUUGUGCCCUCUCUUCACGAUGCAUCUCGCCUUGCUCAUAAGCCUCGUGUUGGCCGCCGUCUUCUCGUCUAUUAUCUUUCUUUCCUUCGCCUGCGUUAGGAUGUUCCGCAGGUGGAGGAUACCGCUCUGCUACUCGUGUUGCGACUUGGACGACUUGGAGCUCGGUCGCGUCGCCGACGGACCGGAGACCGAGACGGAGCAGGAGAAGGAGAAGGAAAAGGGGACGGCCGUUUGGCGGUUCGGGUGGGCGGAGAUUGAGUCGCUCACCGGGAAGUUUGCGGCCGCCGCCGUGAUCGGCGAGGGCGGGUCCAGCACCGUCUACCUCGCCCUUCUCGGGGACGCCUCCCUCGGCGCACUCAAGCUCCACCGCCCCAGCGAGCGCCUCUACCGGGCCUUCCGCCAGGAGCUCGACGUUCUUCUCCGCCUCCGCCACCCCCACAUCGUUCGCCUCCUCGGUUACUGCGACGACCGCGAAGAAGAAGGCGUGUUGGUGUUCGAGUACGUGCCCAACGGCAGUCUCCACGAGAAGCUCCACGGCGGCGGCGGCGGGGAGGUGCUGCCGUGGGCGCGACGGAUGACGAUCGCGUACCAGGUGGCGCAGGCGCUCGACUACCUACACGAGGGGUGCGACCCCCAGGUCGUGCACGGCGACGUCAAGGCCGCGAACGUGCUCCUCGACGGGCGGCUGCAGGCGAAGCUGUGCGACUUCGGGUCGGCCCGGGUGGGCUUCUCGGCGGCGGUGGCGCCGCCGCGCUCCGCCGACGCCAUGGUGGUGGGCUCCCCCGGCUACGUCGAUCCUUACUACCUCCGCUCCGGGAUGGUCUCCAAGAAGAACGACGUGUACAGCUUCGGCGUGCUGCUGCUAGAACUGGUGACGGGCGCGGAGGCGUUCGACUCGGAGAGGGAGCGGCAGCGGCUGACGGCGGAGGUGGGCCCGGUGCUGCGGGACCCGGAGGGGCGAGCGGCGGAGGCGGUGGACGCCAGGCUGGGCAGCAAGUACGACGCCGGGGAGGCGAAGGCGGCGGCGGCGGUGGCGGCCAUGUGCGUCGGGGACAACCCUGGCCUCCGCCCCUCGAUGGCGGAGGUGGUCAGGAUGCUGCGGGACGCGGCGACGUCUUCCAUCGCAGCCGUUGCGUCAAAAUCCGACGGCAAGAGCGACAUGUCGUAGAAGUCAAACAAUAGAAAAGAAACGCCGUUCUGAUUCGUGCCUUUCGUCGUCUCAACUUUAUACAACGUCGACUACACGUAGGAAAUAGGUGGAAAAAUAUUGUAUGUAUACUACGCAGUUGAAGUCAGCAUAUUCCCGUUUGA